GUCGCAAUUGAAGAUUUGUCAGGGAGACUCGGUCUAGGGUCUCGGAGAUUUCCAGAUUAGUCACAUCGACAGUUCUGGCUCAUCCAUCCACGAUUACUGAUUAUCUGCGGAUCUCUCUUCCUGCUCUAGCUUGUCAAUUGGGUAAUCUGAUAAUUAUUUGUCUGGUCGACCUAUGAGACUGCGCAUUGAAUGGCAGUUCUCGCCCAUGGAAGGUUAAUAAUGCGGUGAAAAGGACGGCUGUGAUGCUCGGAAACGGCUUAUCAGGCGAUAUGCUGUAAUUGUACCCACAAGGUACCGGUGUAUAUAUAGACCUGUGACAUGGCAAUCGUGCCGCCCCCCUCUUCAUCACUUUAUUUAACCUGAUCAGAUAACCUCUUCCUACCACAACAUCGCUCAUUCUACUCUACGAAAUCCCAACACCAGUCACAAAAAAUCUUCAAAAUGUCUGCUCUCAAGCCAGGUGACAAGUUCCCCGACGGUGUCGUCUUCUCCUACAUCCCUUACGUUGAGGAGCAGGCCGACAUCAAGUCCUGCGGUAUCCCCAUCAACUACAACGCCUCCAAGGAGUGGGCCGACAAGAAGGUCGUCGUCUUCGCUUUGCCUGGUGCUUUCACUCCCGUCUGCUCCGCCGCCCACGUCCCCGGAUACAUUGAGAACCUCCCCAAGUUGAAGGAGAAGGGUGUCGAUGUCGUUGCGGUUCUCGCCUACAACGAUGCCUACGUCAUGAGCGCCUGGGGCAAGGCCAACGGCGUGAAGGGUGAUGAUAUUCUUUUCUUGUCUGACCCCGAAGCCAAGUUCUCCAAGAGCAUCGGCUGGGCUGAUGAGGAGGGUCGCACUUACCGUUACGCCAUCGUCAUCGACCACGGUAAGGUUAUCUACGCCCAGAAGGAGCGUGCCAAGAAUGUUCUUGAGGUUUCCAAGGCUGAGGCCGUCCUCGAGGCUAUCUAAACCUUUCUUCUUUUUUUUUCCUUUUUCUUCAUGAAUUGGCUUGCUAGCGAUAUCCGUGUUUGUGACAAUCAGACUCUUUGCUGAGGAUGAUGACUGCUUGGACGAGUGGAAUAACGACCUUCCCUUGUUUUCAAUGAUACUAGAUAGACUAGAACGAUAGAUAUAGAAGCAAGAACGUCUUUGUUGUCGCA